AUAAUUAUUAUGGAACCUUUAUCGGUAAUUUCUCAACAUACGCGCAUGGCGUUAAUGGGGAUGCCUAUGUAAUCGACGAAUCUAUGCUUUUCAUCAAAAACUUCAGCUAUGAUGGUGUAGAACCAACAGCGUAUUUCUGGGUUGGUAAUUCAUCCAGCCCAACGCCAGAUGGCAUUGCCGUACCGUAUCCUGAACAUCGGGAUAGUGAUCAAACACCACUAGAAGCUUUUCUGAAUGCUGAUGUGAUUCUAAGACUUCCAGCUACUAUUAAAGUUCGGAACAUCAAGUACUUGAGUGUGUGGUGCAGCAGAUUUACUUUGAACUUUGGCCACGUAAUAAUCCCCGAGAAUUUAAGAAUACCUUCACCAAGAUUUUUGCCAGAAUUUUCACGAUUAGCUCAUGGUCUUCGCAGUGACAAUAUUACCGUUCUUGACACCAAAACAUUUUAUAUUCCAAAUUUACAUUAUGAUGGCGCAGGACCUGAUGCUUACUUUUGGGUUGGAAAAGGAACCCAACCGGAUAUGUAUGGUACUAAAGUACCCAAUGAAAUGAACAGUUCCUUACCUCUUCGUAGUUAUGAAGGCGUUGAUAUUGAAAUCGUAUUACCUGGAAAUCUGACAGUCUUCGACAUUGACUGGUUAGCAGUUUGGUGCGUUCAAUAUAGACACAAUUUUGGCUAUGUACUUAUUCCCAGUGAUCUAGACGUGCCACCAGCUCUUGGUCAGACUAAAAUCGCGCCGCCAUGGUGGUACACCCCUACAAGCAGUACAUCGACACCAAAAUUAAGCAAUUGUAUUGAAUUACUGGAUGGUCGAGUACAGGUUCAAUGGGAAUUAAUGAAUGAUGAUGUGCAAAUACGCGUUUCGGGUCGUAUUCGAGAUGACCAAUAUGUCGCAUUUGGGUUGUCAGGAUAUGAAGACAAACCAGAAAUGGUUGGUGCUGACGUGGUCGUUAUUGGCUAUAACAAGGCCGAAAAUCAAUUCAUCGCCGAGGAUUAUUACAUGUCGGAUUAUAUUCAAUGCGAUGGUGAACGAGGUGUUUGCCCGGAUCACCGCAUUGGCGGCAAGAAUGAUGCUGUACUGAUUGCAGGAAAAAGAAACAACGGAGUUACUUCAGUGACUUAUAAGAGACCACGAAGAACAAACGAGCUGGUUUAUGAUAAAGUGAUUCCCGAAAAAGAUGCAACGAUUAUAGCAGCGAUAGGUAUGCUAAAUAAAAAUUAUGAAGCAAACGCUCAUCACAGCUUUGAUACAACAACUGACGACAUACGUAUUGAUUUUGGAGGCAAGGAUAUAUAUAGAUGUACAAAUUCACUUUACAAUAUUCCGAAUAUUCCCGAAGUAAAGGCUUGGCCACCUAUGAAAAUUGUUGGUGAAGACACAUUGACAGUUAGAAUUGGUCAAACUGGCGGAAUAAGAGGAUAUUCUCGAAUUACUGGUCAACCAUCUUGGGGAAUAGCUUGGUACAUAAAUGAAAUGUUAAUACCCGAAAUCACAGUAGAAAGAGGACAGAAUUACACAUUUUUAGUAGAAGGAGGAAAAGAUGAAACAAAUCCUGCACAAUAUCAUCCAUUUUAUAUAACGGACAGCUCAGAAGGAGGUUUUGCAGAACUAACUAAAGAUCAGCAUCAACGUCAAAAAAUAUAUGCAGGAGUGGCGUAUGAUCAGAAUAAUUAUCCUUAUCCAACAGCUGCUGGUCGAUACUGUGAAUACAGUCAUAAGCACACGGACCAAAGCUUGAACACUGAGACAUUUAAAGAAUUUUUUGAAACUUUGAAACUUGAGUGCGAGGAAGGUGAACCUGCUAAACUUGUGUGGCACGUUAAUAAUGAUACACCUGAUGUUGUCUAUUAUCAGAUUAAGUUGUAUAACGUCUAUUUUUAGUGUUUCACGCACAAGAAUUUGGGCUGGAAGUUUAACGUGGUGGAUCAAGGUUAUAACACCCUCCAAGCAGUAUCCAAUAAUAA